AUGCCGCCAUCUUUUUUCUCUUGUCGCUUUGCGUCGCCCGCGCACUUGGCGAAUCGAAUCGCAGUGAUGUCCGAGUUUGGCUCCUUGCGCUCUCCUCUCGCUCCAUCCAACGCUUCCAUCAAUCGCGCCAGCUCGCCCUCCUCCGGAACCCGUCCCGUCACCAUGAAUCCGCACAGCCGCUACUCGCUCGGCAAGGGUGCCUCCACCGAGCAGAUGAUGCGCCUCGCUCAACAGCAGGGCGCUGCUGCGCACGACAACGCCAUGCGCAGCCCUUCCAUGGGCGGCACCGCAGCCAUGCCGGGCAACCCCGCCGGCCGCAACCUGCGCCCCAGCUCCGAAAUGCUGCCCAACAUGAAUCACCGAGGCACGCCCGAGACCGAAGCCAUCGACCGCUGGUUCGAGGAUCUGCAGCACUACGAGGCUACGCUCGAGGAGAUGGCCGCCGCCUCGCUCGACCAGAACUUCAAGGAGGAGCUCAGCGCCAUCGAGCAGUGGUUCCGCGUACUCUCCGAGGCCGAACGCACGGCGGCGCUGUACAGCCUGCUGCAGGAGUCGACGCAGGUGCAGAUCCGCUUCUUCAUCACGGUGCUCCAACAGAUGGCUCGCAGCGAUCCCGUCUCGGCGCUGCUGUCGCCCAGCCACCACACCAGCUCCAUGGCCGAGCAGAUGGAAGCCAAGCUGGCCAGCCUGGGUCUCAAGUCGCCUGGCGCCAUGAAGGCUCCCGCCUCUCCCGGCCACCGCGGCUACCGCCAGUCUUCGGACGCCGCCGGCUUCCUCUCGCCCAACGUGGCGGCCAUGUACAGCCCGGGCAACGCCGACGCCGCCUCGGCGCUCGCUGCGCAGCGCGCCAAGCUCAAGGCCAACCGCACCUCGGCACCGGGCACGCUCAUCGGCGAGAGCCGCAACUUUUCGGGCGGCCAGCUCGACCAGGUGCAGGAGCGUGGCGGCUCGCCCAACCCGCAGCAGCAGCAGCAGCGAACGCUGUCGGGCGACCACUCGUCGCGUCCCAAGUCGACCGACCUGAGCAACAGCGUGGGUCGCUCGCCGCGGGCCAGCGGGCCGCUGGACGACCAGCUGUCGCCGAUCAGCGCCACGGGCAACUGGUCGAGCAUGGUCAACACGCCGCUCGUGCCGAUGUUUACGGACAACGACAAGGCGGGCACGGGCGAGGCCAACGUGAACCUCGACACUGCCGCCGCGCAGCUGGCGAGCCUGCAGCAGCAGCAGCAGGGCGGCAGCGGCAACGGCCGCGUCAUGGUGGAUCCGGACGUGCCGCGCUACCGCCGCAAGAGCAACCAGAACGCGGGUGGCGGAGCGUACGGCCAGUUUGACCAGUCGAGCCCGGGCGUGUCGCCCAACAUUGGCAUGCAAUCCGGGUGGGGCCAGAACGACAACUUUGGGCGCGGCGGCCUGGGUGCGGGCUCGUCGGGGUUCAACAUUCCUCCGAUGAGCCCCAACGCGCUGGCGGGCCUGCAGAGCCCGUCGGGCGGGCUGGCCAACCCGAUGAAUCUGCAGAUGAUGAACGCCAUGGCGGCCAUGGGCGGGCUCAACCUGAACAACAUGAAUGCGGCUCAAUUCCUGGCGAUGCAGCAGCAGAUUCUUCAGAACCAGCAGACGCUCUCUGUGCUUGCACAACAGCAGCAGAUGCAGCAGCAACAGCAGCAGCAGCAGCAGCAGCACGGUCGCAACCUGCGCGGAUUCGGAGGCGGAGCACUGUCGCCUGGACUUGGCGCUCCGUCGGGCCGAAAGAGUCCGCGUCCCGGUGCGUCGCCUUCGGGGCGGUCUGCGGCUCUGCCCGGGUCUGUGGGCACGGGCGGAGGAGCGGGAGCGUCGGCGGCGGGUGGCGCUGGUGCGGAAGAGGAGGUGGCGGAUCUGGCGACGCUGAACGAUGUGGCAGCGUGGCUGCGCCAGCUGCGUCUGCACAAGUACACGCCCAACUUUGAGUCGAGCCACUGGAAGGAGAUGGUGGUGAUGGACGACAAGGCGCUCGAGGACAAGGGGGUGGCGGCGCUGGGAGCGCGUCGCAAGAUGCUCAAGACGUUUGAGCUGGUGCGCAAAAAGUACGGGAUCAAGAUGGAUGGUGAGGAGUCGCCGGGUUCGGGCGUGCCGGGCAUCCAUGGCGACAAGCCGGGCGACGGCGACGAUGGCAACGAGACCAAGGAUGCGCAGCAGGUCGACCGCGAGCUCGGCGGCGACGCGGCGGCGGCGGCGGCUACGGCUGCGGAUGCCGACAAGGCUGCUUGA